AAUGCGAUAUCAAGCAGAAUCUUAUUUUAUAUGCAAAACAGCAUCGUCAACGAUGAUAGUGCAACAGUGAUCAUUGUUACGUGUGUAUUUCUUCGGAAAUAAAGUUAUUCGCGAUUUUCUUAAGGUCGCGCAAUUGAGUUUUCCGCGGGAAAACAAUGUCUGGAUAUCGAAGAGUGAAUUACUACGAACUGUGCAGAUUGUGUACUAGCAGCGAAGGAAACAAAAUGAACAUCUUCCGGGAAGAAGGCCGCAGACGGCAACUUCAAACAAAGAUUCAAACGUAUUUGCCUAUACAAGUAUUGGAAGAGGAUUCUUUGCCAAAAAUCGUUUGUCACGAAUGUGUAAAGAAAUUAGAAAAUUUUAUUGAAUUCAGAGAAACAGUUGUAAGUGCAGAGGGUAUGUUAGAAUCAUAUUUCACUUCACUGCGAUUCUCUGAAGAUUUUCUAAAGGAGGGUAAAGUUUAUGUGAAAAACACAGAAAAGGAUAGACCUAUAACACCUGAAAAUGAAGUAUUGAAGUCAAUAGAAAAGGUAAUACCAUCAACAGGGAAUCAAAUAGUCAACGAUGAUCAACAAAUACAGCAUCAACGACCCGUUGUUGUUAGUAAUAUAAAUGCUUCUAAUAUACAAAUUAUCAGUGGAGUCCAAGCAAGAGUUCAACAAUACAAAUGUGCCAUGCAGAUGCAACCAGGUGGUAUGGCAGCUGCUGUUGUAGAAGCAACAGCAGAAACUCAUUAUAGUUAUCAACAACAGACUUCACAACAAGUAUCUCCUCAACAAUCAAAUGAAGCACAAAAUCAAAUUAAUGAUCAACAAAGUCCAACCUCACAAAUUCAACAAGUGCAAAAUCAAAUUCAAAAUCAUAACCAAAUCAAUCAACAAAUACAAUCACAAAGACAAAUUUCUCAACAAAUUUCUCAGUCACAGAAUCAAACACAGGUCAACCAACAACAACAACAGCAACAACAGCAGCAACAACAACAACAACAACAAAAUCAAUCACAAAUAACACAACAGAUUCAACAGUUACAAAGACAGCAAAGAGAAUUUGAGAAACAACAUAGACAGCUUCAGCAAAUCGAAAAACAAGUGCAAAUUGCUACACAACAGGAAUUUCCUAUUAAACAAGAACCUCAGACACAGGUGGUACAUCAAAAUAAUAAUAUUAUUUUAAAGGCAGAACCUGAAACUAAACAAAAUCAGCAAAUUAUUCAGAAAAUACAAUCUGAAACUCAAAAGGAUGAAGGUGGAGCACAAAAUGUACAAGGUUAUACUGUACAAGCUACACCAGAGGUAUUUUUAAAUUUGGGGUUUAAAGAAACUCCUUUGGUUACACAAACUGUUCGAGACGAUACAAAAGAAUUUAAAGAUUAUGCAAAAUCGGAUGAUACAAUAUCUCGUAACUCAAUCGGACAGAUUUCUGAAUUUCUACGAAUCAAAUCAGGACCUGAACCAACAUCUUUAAUUACUGUGAAUCCUCAAGUUAUUUCACAAACUCACAGGAAUGCUACCUGUAAAGAGUGUGGCAAAAUUUUUUCCUCUAUAAAUCAAUUGAAUGGUCAUAGUUGCUCUGUUCAGAGUCUUAUAAGUGAAACUUCUGAUAAUAGUAGUAAUAAAGAAGACUCUUUACAAACUAAUAGCAAUUCAUUUAGUUGUGAUGUUUGUGGUAAACCAUUUAAACGGAAAGAACAUCUUUACCAGCAUAGGAAAUUACAUACUGGUGAACGUCCCUAUGUGUGUACCACGUGUUCAAAGGCAUUUAGUCGCAAAGAACAUUUAGUUAGACACUCUGUAUCUCACACUGGUGAAAAGAUGCAUGAGUGUGAAAUGUGUGGUAAAAGCUUUUCUCGAAAAGACAAUCUUCACAAGCAUCGUAAAACACAUGGUGUAUCAGGUCCUUAUAUUUGUGAAACUUGUGGGAAGUCAUUUGUGGUAAAACAUUACUAUUUAAUGCAUUUAACAACUCAUGCUUCAACUAUUGGGGAUGGUGUAAAUUGUCAGGAUCCUUUACCAUACAAAUGUGAUAUUUGUCACAAAGCAUUUUCUGUAAAACAAUAUCUAACGACACACAAACUUAGGCAUAGAUCAAAGAAUAAUAAUAAUUCUUCCCAAAAUUCUGUAAAUGGUCAUCAGCAACAGCAACAACAGCAGCAGCAACAACAGCAACAAACACAACAGUCUAAUACUACAAGUAAUGUAAACAUAGUGACAAGUAAUGUUACUAAUUCUGGGAGCCUAAAUAAUAGUAAUGGACAGUCUAAUAAUGAAUCAACAGUCGAAAUGCAAAGUGUUAUUGAAAGAAAUGAACAACCAAAUGGUUCAUUUAAUAAUCAGUAUCAUAAUAAUAUACAAGAGUUUCAAUGA